CACGCCAAUCAAUUCUCUUUCACUUCACUUUCAUUUUCUCUUCGUCGUUACUCGGCUAAUUGGCCUGUGAACAUCAUUUCUCUUCGGAUUCAAUUUUCAUUUUCGUUUUCGUUUCCUUUCACUUUCUCGCUCUCCAAACACUCCAACCCUAACGCAUACUCUUGUGUGAGUGUUAAUCUUGCUACAAAUUCUUCAUCAGUUUUCAGGAGAUUGAAAGAAGUGCGAUCCAGUUAGUGGCAGUACUUUGGUUCUGCGAUUUUCAGAAGAAAACAAAAAUCCUAAUUGUUGCAAAAAUGGAAGAUACAGAAUUAUAGAAAGUCUGAGCUGGAGAAAGAAAUUUGAAGAAGGUUUUUCUUGCUUACACAGGUACUGAUCUGUGAAGGUAAGAGAGGUUGAGAUUGCAGAUCUGCAAGCAGUAUUGGAUGCUUGGACACUGAUGUCCUUUUGAAGAAACGAAAGAUCUGUUUGAGCAAACAAAAUUACGGGCUCAUUACUUUAUCUCUCAUCUAAACUUGACACCAGUAACUGUAGCGGACGCUGUUCAAACUUCAAAGUAAAGGUUUAGGCUGAAAGUAGCCUCUGCAACUGCAAAAAGCUCAAACAAGAACCUUCUGACUUGGACCGUGAUAUAUCGAAGAGUAAAAACAAGGCCAUUUUAUCACCACACAGCCAAAGUAGUCUCUGUAUAAUAGUCAUCAAUGCAUAGGACACAGUAACCCCACCUGCACUACCAACACCACCACAUCUCUCUAGAUUCCUGUAAUCACUUCUCUCUUCUAUCUACAAGUACAAAAAGAACGAACAAAAAAAAGAAGGCAAAGCAACGUGGGGGGUUUUUGGAGUUAUGGUUUGAGAAAGGCAUGAAAGUGCCAUGGACGUGGAGGAGAUUCAGACGCAAGCCUGUAAGUUCUCCAGAGUCGGUAAUGGCAGAAAUACCUCCAUCAAGAUAGGCCAGAGAGGUGGUGAACACUACCCAGAUGACGAAGAAGAUGAAAAGCUCAGGAGGACCAAUAUUACCGCCGGUGGAGAAGGCGGUGACCUUGGUACUAAUCGUCUUCGUGGGUGGCACCAUUCUUCACGGAUCAUUAGGGUUUCUCGUGCCUCCGGUGGCAAAGAUCGGCACAGCAAGGUUUGGACUUCAAAAGGGCCGAGAGACCGGAGGGUCCGGUUAUCGGUUGCAACUGCGAUUCAAUUCUACGAUCUCCAAGAUAGGCUGGGAUACGAUCAACCAAGCAAAGCCGUAGAGUGGUUAAUUCAAGCCGCCGCUGAUUCAAUCAACGAGCUCCCUUCAUUGAACAGUUCUUUCUCCGAAACUCCACCCAAUCAAUUAAGCGAUGACAAGAGAAUUAGCGAGGGCACAGACCAAGGGUUUGAUUCGCCUGAAUUGGAGAUAGAAGGACCCAAUUUCAACCAAGACUCUAACCAGCAUAUCUCUUUGUCCAAAUCUGCUAGCAGCAACUCGGAGACCAGCAAAGGCUCCGGCUUGUCCCUCUCUAGAUCUGAAAUUAGGGUCAAAGCCCGCGAGCGAGCAAGGGAGAGAGCUAAGAAGGAAAAAGAUACCGAUUCACAACACCAGAAUGUGAACCCCAUCUCCCAAAACUCCACAUUCACUGAGCUACUUACUGCUGGUAUGAGCAGUGUUAGUAACAAUACCACCAGUCCUUCGGGCAACUCUAAUGCGAGACUUUGGCCCUCAACGCCAAUGGAUUACUUCAAUUCAGGGCUACUAGGACCAUCAUCGUCUCGGGCGGGUCAUCAUCCAUCGGGGUUUCCGGGACAAAUUCAAUUGGGGAACUCCAUCCCACAGGCAUUGCCAAUCCCACCAUUCAGCGUAUCUGGGGAGAACCAUCCGGAGCAGCAGCAUUUCCAGUUCGCCACAACAGAUCAUCUUAUCCCCGUGGCGGUAACCACCCAGCAGGGGCCCGGGGGCGAUUACAAUCUAAACUUUAGUAUCUCUUCCGGUCUAGCUGGUAUUAAUAGGGGGACCCUUCAGUCCAAUUCACCGUCUCUUUUGCCUCACCUCCAGAGGUUUUCAUCACCUGUAGACGGAGCAAAUGUACCUUUUUUCCUCGGUACUCCACCUGUGGAGAAUCAUCACCACCACCAUUUCCCACAUGGCUUUCAGCUCUGCUAUAAUAAUGACGGAAGCAGACACCCAGACCACAAGGGAAAAGGGAAGAACUGAUUCAUUUCAAUCCUUUUUGCCCAUCUUCUUCUGUGCAGGAAAAAUGGAGAUGGAGAAGUGGCAGCUGGCCUGAGGAGCGAAUGCAAAGCUUCCUUGCGUGGCUGAUAACUAACUUCUUAUUAUAUAUGCACCUGACACUGUUGGUAUUUCUGCUUGAUCCAUUUUGAUGAGAUCUUUCAGCUUCAUAUAAUUGAGAUGUGUUUUCUCUCUGCAUGCAUGCAUGCAUGCUGUUGUGUGUGUUUGAAGAUGUAUGAUGAAAUAUUAGAUUGAAGUUAUUCUUUCACUUGUCUAAGUAUAUUUUGCAACUGUCGAUACUAAGCUAGUAGUUAAAGCUAAGCGGCACAUUAAAAGAACUGGUGUGCAGCUUGUGCACUCUCAGACCUAGUAGCCAGCACCUUCUUUUAGUUCUGAACCAUGAUUCUUUCGCUUUACAACAUGUUCCGUCAGUGCGAGAGUAUGGGACUUUCUGCAUGUGGACACUUGGCAGUGGUGAUUAACUUCAUGUCCAUGUCAUUACGAGUAGGAGUUGCAGUUCUCUUGAUUAUGUGAAGUAUUUAAGUUAUGCUUUU